CUCUCUCCAUCUCCGGUUGUCUGCUGUGGCUCUGCAGGACACUAAACCAGAGCAGUGCAGAGGCAGAGGACCACAGAGGGACCACAGAGGGACCACAGAGGAGACAGAGGGACCACAGAGGGACCACAGAGGAGAUAGAGGAGACAGAGGAGACAGAGGGACCACAGAGGACACAGAGGAGACACAGAGGGACCACAGGGGAGACAGAGGGACCUCAGAGGGAGCAGAGAGUUGACACAGAGGAGACACAGAUAGAUCCUUAAACAGAAAUAGCUCCAGCUGACAGUGACAGACCAGGUGGAGGAUGCCUCUCUCCCACGUCUCUGCUGCUGUGCUGCUGCUGAUCGCUCACUGCGGAGCCUGGACCGGGGCCAGCCGCCUGGGCCCCUUUAAGCUGUGCCCCUCCUGCAGGGACCCUCUGAGCUCCAGCCGGCCCACCCGCGAGCACCAGUCUGCGGGCAGCACCACGGCUCUGGCCCUGGGGGAGCCCUGUGGAGUCUACACUCUGAGCUGUGCCAGGGGUCUGCGCUGUGUGCCCCCUCCCAGGGACCACAGCCCUCUGCAGGCUCUGCUCCAGGGACGAGGCGUCUGCACCAAGGGCAGCCGGACCGCGCCCACCGACAAACCCCACCCUGCAGGCCCUCAUCCUUCACACGGAGGUGAUCUGGACAAAGCUCCGUGUCGCCGCCUCUUGAACAGCGUCCUGAGGGGUCUGGAGCUCAUACUGUUCCAGUCAGACAGAGACAUCUACAUCCCCAACUGUGACACACGCGGCUUCUACCGCAGGAAACAGUGCCGCUCGUCAAAGGGCAUGCAGCGCGGCCACUGCUGGUGUGUGGAUGAGCACGGGACGCCGCUGCCCUCACGUGCUCCUGAAGAGGGCGCUCUAUCGUGUGAUGCAGAGUGACCCAAAGCUCCAGAGCCGAACCAGAGGAGAGGAAGAGGAGAGGCCUGGAGCAGGGACCAGGGACCAGAACAACCACCACCACCCCAUAAGAACUACGUACCAGAAACCAUCCUCUGUCCCUGUAGAGUCCAGAGGGACAGAGGCAGGGGACUGAGGGGAUCAGGCAGGUUUGAGGUGUGGAUGGAUAAAUAUAAAACUGACCACUAACUGCAGGACUUGAGAUGACAUCACAACAUUCUGCUGAGGCAGUUUAAGUUUAAAUAGUUAAAACACAGAGUUUUGAGUUCUUGGAUUUUACUCAAUAGUUGAAUUCAUCAGGUUAAGCAUUUAUGAAUUUACCUUUUGGAUAUUUCAUAGCAAAGUACAGUGUAAUUGAUGGGGAAAACUGGCUCUGGCUCCCCCGUCUGGGCACAUGGCAUCAUGACAUUCUAGAAUCUGAAAACCACAAAUUGAGGCGGGUGAUAAAUUGUUAAUUGCUAUAGCAACGGCCCUGCUUUUUCAUGAUUCUGAAUUCCAUGGAUCCAGUGAUAUUUCUGCACUUUUGUGGUUUAUUUUACAGUCCUUUCACUUUAGUGAGAUACUUCAACCCCAUCCAAGACACUUAUGAGCACAGAUGGGCUUAAUGCCAAUUAAUUGCGAUAAUGCCAAAAAGCUGUUGAAAUAUUAAGUUUUGUCAAUAUUGCCCACAUGUAGUAACAAUACAGAUAUUUUUCAUUAUAGUAACAUAUAUUGCGUACAAGAAAUACUGUUCCCUACCCCCAUUUGAGAGAGGCUCAUUCCACUGUCUGAAUAUGACCCCUGACCUCUUCCACAGACCACAGAUCUGCCUGAAUGUUCCACAGAUGCAGUAACAGCGCCCCCGCCUGGUGACAUGCUGCUUGUUCACAUGAUUGCACUGCCUUGGUGAUGUUUGGUGAUGUUUUGGUGAUGUUUGCCUGGCUCUGACACUGCCUGCUCUUCUCAGUUGGCUGGUACUGUUAUUCAGGUGAAGACCCGCCCCUCUUCCUCUCUCCAAAGAUACACUGACAUCAACUCAACUCAAACUCACUUUUUUAAAUUUGCUGUUUAUUUAUUUUUUUUAAGUACAGAUAUUAGGGCUGGAUGAUUCAUUUAAAUUAAAUUAAAAUUGCAAUUUGAAUAGGAGCAGAUUGCAAAGAAUGGAAUGAUGACGACUUUAAUGGUGUAUUACAUGGCUUUUCUGGUGUGAAGUCAGCCAUUGUAUUGGGUUUGCCUGGAAUGUUCCAUAGCGUAGCAUUAAAUACACUACGCUCAUGACAGAUUAGAUUUGCUUACUGUUUAUGUUGAUAAGGGGUUAAACCUGGCCUAUACUUUACCAUUAGUGCAAAAUAUUUAGAUGGGUUUACAGCGGUCCAAAGUGUUGCUAAGUGCCCACUCCAUGUUAAACCAGAGGGGCGGAUGGGAAGGGGGCAUACCUUCAACAGCCUCGCUCCAGAUUGGCUCUUUGGUUGCUAUGAUACUCGCAGUCAGAAUUCCAAAUAUGGAACUUGGCUCCAAAUUUGCCCCUAUAACUGCUCUAGCCUCGAUGAGCUUCAUUUGACUGGAGCCGAACACUCUGGGUGACAUCAGACUCACUUCUUUAUACAGUCUAUGAUACAGGCCCUUUAAGGUGGAGGUACUAAAUUUAUUCAGCCCUAAUAUUCGUUUUCAUUCAUGAUUUUGUCCCUGUCUUAAGUUCAUCACAUUUAAUUCCACCAUUCUCAUUUUGUGUUAAACUUCUAUAAAUGUAAAGUUUAUUUGUACAUACGUUUGGAUUCUGUGUUUUCACGUGUUGUAAAGAGGCAGAUAAAACGCUUACGGCUGUUACUGUUUUCAAAAAGUUGUAAGGCAUAUUUUUAUACAUAUAUAAUAUUUUAUAUAUGAAAUGUUGAUUUAUUUAAAAAGCUACAAUACAGUGCCAUGUAUUUUUAUAUUGUCAAUAGUUAUUUUUGUGUUAUUUUAUUUCAUGUUAAAGGUGCUCUGCGGAACUUUUCUGGCGAGGAUUCUGCCACCUGCUUAUUUCCAUGAAGAUUUUAUCAUUUUGCCUGCAAUACUCCACAGUGUGGCAUUACACUUAUCCACAUACGUAGUGGAAUGUAACAACGUAAAUGUAGUAAACUGUUCUGUACUUUAUCAAAAUCACUACAUUUGAAUCCUAAUAAGACCUCAAAAUUUUACUCUAUUAGUACAUUUUUAAACAAGUGCUUAAAUAAUUUUACUUAAGUAGCUUUUUUUAUGUGAUACUUUUGCUCCAAUAUUUGUACUUUUACUUAAGUAACAAAACUGAGUACUUCUUCCACCACUGCACUUAUCUGUCUUAUAUUUAUUCAUUUACCACUGUUUUUUUCUUAUAUAGACAUAAGUUUAAUGCCAUACUGUGCAAUAUUCUGGGCAAAGCAAUACAAUCUCCAUGGAGACAAGCAGGUGGUUAGACGCUCCAUUGGAAAAGUUGCAUAGUGCAGCUUUAACUGUUUCAAGAGAAGUUUAUAACAAAAAUAUAUAUUCAUUGGUUAAAUCUAAGUACUGUACAUCAGAGCAUAGAUGUCCAGUAUUAGUUCUGUAAUGUUGACAUUGACACUUCAUGAUAAUUAUAAUUUCAAGAGAAUAUAAAUUGUUAAACUGUUAUCGCUGUAGUACGUCUUUGGAAACUGUGUGUGUGCCGUGAAAAAAGCACAAAAAGAUCUGAU